GAUAAAGUUUAUCACUAGACUCGCCUAUUAAGUAGUGGCGUUAUUGAGCAGCAGGCGCUUUCAGAAAAGAUCCCGAAGUGGAUGGCUGCUCUGGCUGUUGUUGGUUUAAGUAAAAUACGAGACGACGUCUUGAUGAAACUACAUCGCAAAAAUGUACUACAACUCUGCCGUGGUCUUUCCAUCUAGCACCGAACUUACCGCUCCUCGAAGAGGUGCGGCUUCUGUGUCGGCUGUUGUUCCUAGCAUAAGCUUAAGCACGACCUCUUCGUCUUCGCAAGAACAGAACGAAGAUUUGGGUGGAGGGAGUAGUUCUUGCCACUAUGUCACGCCGAAUGAAGAUUUUUACCACGACCACGGGCGGCAGCUGCACAGCAACUCCAGCCAGCAGGAGCUGACUUCUCAAACUGCGCCUCAGUCUUGCCAGCUAGUAAAUCAAAAUCUUCAUCAGGGAAAUAUAUGUUUCGAAAACAGAGAUCCUUCGGCAACAACAUCGACAGCGCAGCUUCAAAACGGUGGUGGUGAAACUGCGUUUAGUGCCUGCAAGACAACCAGCACAAUGGAAAACUCGUGCGCAGCUGCCGGCUCGACUCCUACUGCUGGAAGUACUAUUCAUCCAGAAGCUGCAGCAGAACCCAGUACGGGAUCUGCAACAAGUAGCUCAACUAUUGCUGUUCCUCCUCCAGAGCAGAACACCAAUUCACCCCCGAACAAAAUGGACCCGGUGACUUCUACCACGACCACGACAACAACAUGUACUAGCAGUACUUGUUCGACGGCCCAGCAGCAAGAUGACGAAGACAGCCUGCAGAAACAACUACAGGAAAAGCAGCUUGAAGUAGAAGAACAACGGAAGAAAGCGCAAGCCGCUCAUCUUCUAGCUGCGAAGCAGAAGCAAGAGAAGUUGACUCAUCUGCGGAAGCAGACGCUUGCUUGGCUGGAAAGAGAAGGAAUUCAGACGGAUGAAGAUUUUUACAACUCGGAGAAGCUGCAGAAACGCUACGUGAUCAAAAAGAAGGCGGCAACUUGUAGUAGUUCUAGCACCGACGAGGAAGGACAAAAGAACAAGGAGGAAACUUCAACUUGUGAUGCGAAAGAAUCACGCAAAAGCAACACCGCAGAUGUGCCGGCCCCUGCGGGCGGUGGGUCAGGAGCUUCUGACUACGAGGUAGAUAAUGAACUCGGUAUUAAAAACAGCACGACCUGCGCCAAUGACGAGAAGGACGACAGCACAGAAACAGCAAGCGCCAACACGACAAACGCGAUUUCUAUGUUGGAAUUUUUGAAGCAAGUGCACAAAAACCAAUUUAGAGUGCACGCUCGGGAAUCGGUUUUGGUUCGGGUGGUGGACCCGGCGAAAAGGGAAAAUACUGCCGCUGGAAAUAAACAACAAGGAGGAGGAGGGCCGGGCACCUGCUGCAGCUGGAAAACAUCGAUGGGCAUCAAUCCUUCCGAUCAAAAGAUGAGUGGCAGUGCGCCGGCUGAUCAUGUUGCAUCUUCUGUGCAGGAGGUGCAGGAACGUCGAGAAGAUGAGGGCGGAACUACAUCUGGCUGCAGUUCUAGCGGCAAGAACUGCGAAACUGCGCGAAUGACCACUUCUCAUCUGAAGCCACAGCGAAUCUGGUCCUACGUGUACACUAAUGUUGUGGGUGGGGGUACUAGUACAAUGAGCACAACUUCGACUUCUUUCUGUGCUGGACCUCCACCUCUAUCCUCAGGAUCGGCUAGUCACCUUUACAGCAACACCAGCAUGCACCAGAACAGCAUGACAAAUUCCACCUCUCUCCUAAAGCCCGACGACAUUCUCGAGCUCCUGGCCAUCGAGGAGGAUUGGAUGGUUGCGCGGCACCUUCGGACAAACCUGGAGCACUACUUCCCGGGAGUUAUGGUGGAGGUGGCUUUUGUGCCGGACUUUUUGAAAGAAGUCCUUCCGAAUUUGAACCACUGGCUACCGCAACGGGCGAGGAAGUAAAAAAACUACUGAAUUGAUGGUUUUCUUUUUUUGUGCCUCGUGCGUCGACCUUUUUCGUUUGUGAUCUUUUUGGAAAACGUAAAGGACAGAACCCCGCCACCGCUUGAUAUACAAAAAUAUCGACUUGAUCCUUAUCAGGCAGCGCAACUUUGAGUCCGGGUUCGCCACGGCGAAGAAGCAGUACAGGAAGGAAAUUUUGAACGAGAGACUGACGAAGAAAUCGAAGCGUAAAAUCUUUCAGAACAACGUGAGUCUCAGUUCCCAGACGACCAGUCGGACGAGUUUAUUGCUGCAUUUUUCGGUCGAGGGAAAGCAGAAUCCGCUCAUGGAGAAGUUCCGGGCGCAGAUCCAAGAGACGAAGCUGGAGGCGCGGCGAUGGCGGAGUUGUAAUAUGAUGACGAACAACAUCAAAAACAAGAAUAACUUCUACGGCGCACCAACUACGAUGUUGAAUUGUUCGAAGGGUAUACUAUACGGCAAGGAAAGCGAUUGGCGCCUAACCCGAUUUCUACUAGUAAAAUCUUACUAGUAAGGAAAAUCCAAGAAUUUUACUAGUAAACAACGUUACUAGUAAUCUUAUCCGGACAAGCAAGCAAAAAAACUACUAGUAAGCGAACUAGUAGAGAGCUUACUAGGAGAAAACUGCCCCCAUUGCCCCGCGGGUCGGCUCGCCCCGAGCUUGCGCCACAGAGCUCGCCCGCGCUCCUGGCUUCCCUCGCCCCCUGUGGAGAAACUAGCGCCGAGCAACCCGUGCCUGCGUGGUGGCGCGGGACGUGGCGCUCGUUCCCGGGACAAGGGGGCGCAGCCGUAGGAGGGUGAGUCCUUAUUUAUCUGACCGAGGGUGGCGCGGCGCGCGCUGCUGGGCCCGCAAGUGCAGGCGAACUAGCAGCUCCGGCCCCGCCACGGUGCCGGGGAUGGCUUUGCGCUUUGUUUGGGUCGCCACGUUUUGCCAGGCCGGGGCGGCCCCCUCUUGGUGUGGAUGCUUUCGCCGCCCUGCACAAACAAAGAAGAAAGCGCCUUUUCUCGAUGCCUUAAAUGGUUACCACACACAGCGGGCCCAGUCCCACUGUGUUGGCUGACUGCCGCCUUGGAUGCGUAACUAGAAUGACGAGCAGCCGCCCGCAAGUCUCGCAGCCUGAGGGGGUGCUCGCAAAUUUAUUGGGAACCCGCGGAGCUUCUCCUCCGGAGAUCGCAAAUUUAUUGUUCUUUCUUUCCCCCGGACCCAGAGCUUCUCCUGCUCCCGGGGCCUGGGACGGGCCCCUGUCACGCCUAUUGUCUUUCUCCGGGGGGCUCAGACGCACGGAAAAGCCCUGCGCCUGCAGGGUUUUCGUCCCCCCGCCACUCCUUCCGCGCCCCUGCAGACGUCUUACAGGGAAAUCGGGCCCAUCGUUUCCUUGUCUCCUCCAUACCUCUCCGGCGGUCGCGGAGCGACCGCCCGUGCUAGAUAUGACGAACAAAAGCAAGAAUAACUUCUACGGCGCACCAACUACGAUGUUGAAUUGUUCGAAGGGUAUACUAUACGGCAAGGAAAGUGAUUGGCGCCUAACCCGAUUUCCACUAGUAAAAUCUUACUAGUAAGGAAAAUCCGAGAAUUUUACUAGUAAACAACGUUGCUAGUAAUCUUAUCCGGACAAGCAAGCAAAAAAACUACUAGUAAGCGUACUAGUAGAGAGCUUACUAGGAGAAAACUGCCCCCAUUGCCCCGCGGGUCGGCUCGCCCCGAGCUUGCGCCACAGAGCUCGCCCGCGCUCCUGGCUUCCCUCGCCCCCUGUGGAGAAACUAGCGCCGAGCAACCCGUGCCUGCGUGGUGGCGCGGGACGUGGCGCUCGUUCCCGGGACAAGGGGGCGCAGCCGUAGGAGGGUGAGUCCUUAUUUAUCUGACCGAGGGUGGCGCGGCGCGCGCUGCUGGGCCCGCAAGUGCAGGCGAACUAGCAGCUCCGGCCCCGCCACGGUGCCGGGGAUGGCUUUGCGCUUUGUUUGGGUCGCCACGUUUUGCCAGGCCGGGGCGGCCCCCUCUUGGUGUGGAUGCUUUCGCCGCCCUGCACAAACAAAGAAGAAAGCGCCUUUUCUCGAUGCCUUAAAUGGUUACCACACACAGCGGGCCCAGUCCCACUGUGUUGGCUGACUGCCGCCUUGGAUGCGUAACUAGAAUGACGAGCAGCCGCCCGCAAGUCUCGCAGCCUGAGGGGGUGCUCGCAAAUUUAUUGGGAACCCGCGGAGCUUCUCCUCCGGAGAUCGCAAAUUUAUUGUUCUUUCUUUCCCCCGGACCCAGAGCUUCUCCUGCUCCCGGGGCCUGGGACGGGCCCCUGUCACGCCUAUUGUCUUUCUCCGGGGGGCUCAGACGCACGGAAAAGCCCUGCGCCUGCAGGGUUUUCGUCCCCCCGCCACUCCUUCCGCGCCCCUGCAGACGUCUUACAGGGAAAUCGGGCCCAUCGUUUCCUUGUCUCCUCCAUACCUCUCCGGCGGUCGCGGAGCGACCGCCCGUGCUAGAUAUGACGAACAAAAGCAAGAAUAACUUCUACGGCGCACCAACUACGAUGUUGAAUUGUUCGAAUUCUACUUCGAGGGCUAGUAGCAAGGAACGUCAAAAAUGUGGCUCAGGUUCUUACAGUUACCUCCAGCAGCGGUCUAGUAAUAUCGGCUUGUCCUCUACUCGACGGUCAGGUUCUAUUUCGCAGGAGGUGUUCCAAAGUCGGAUGCUUUCCGCGUCUACUUCAGCAGGCGGGGGAAUGAGUAACAACUACCCGCCGUGUGGAAAUAAUGUAAGUAUAGGAAGUACAACUGCUUCAAACACAACACCAGCAGACUCUGCAGCGGGUAACAAGUACAAGAAUGCUAACACGCCGGAGAGGACAAGGACCAUGGCAUCGUCAACUCCUGUGAAGCAGGCACAGAACACGUUCUCGAAGAAGAAAAAUGUUGGUCCCGAAAGAGAUCAUGCUUCUUCCACUUCUAAAUUACUCCACGAAAACUCCGGGUCGCCGACUACCUCCGCUCCCAGUACCAGCUCCCCAAAGUACGAGUUGGACAACAGUCUGUUAGAAACGACCAACGCGGGUGAGUCCUCCUGUCGCACCGGGGGGUCUGUGUUAGAGGCAGAGUCGCUACGGAGUAGUAACAGCAACUCGCCCGAGAUCCAAAUUUUGGAUGAGGAGAAUGGUACUAAAGAUCAGGAGGACACCUGCAGCUCGGACACAGAUGAGGACGAAGAUGAGGAGGACGAAGAAAUUGUCCCGACCGCAACUACUAGUCCCUUGAACGCAUUGAAGAAGCCUACGGCCUCGGCCGCUUUUUCGCAAGAUGAUACUUUCAAAUACACUUCGAAAUACUACGAAUCAAACUACAAGAACGGCGGAAAUGGAAAUGCAAGCAUCAAGAAGUACAGCUAUGACAAUGAGUACUACGCUAACGCCGACUAUUACCAGCAAACCGGCGCUUCUUUCUCAGCCAACAAAACUAGCAAGUACAAAAUGAAGAACAAGUUCAAUAAAUCUGGCGGCCCGACAACAGGUGGUACUACGAGCGUCAACAUUUCCGACCACCACUCUUGGCACAAGAAGACUAAAGCCGGACCACACCAGUUUCAACAUCUUGCGGACCGUGAAAACAAAGGCUCUUACAGCUCCUCUUCGAACUUUUCGUCCGCUCGCCUUCCCCGCAGCAAAAAGAAAUACUACGAGGCGGCAACCAGCGGGGUGGGAGUUGGUGGUGGAUCAACGACCUCAACUUCUACCUCUACGUUUAAGAAGAAUAAAGCGUUCAAUGGUUUUUCAACUGCUGCAAGAGCAACUGGUGGUCCUGGUGCAUCUUCAAGCAAGAGCAGUCACAUUCUUGACCCGCACAACAAGUUCCUAGCCCCCUCACCCUUCGAUCCUGCGAACAAUUCUACCGCCGGGACGAGCUUAUUAAGCGGUGGCGUCUACUGUGAGGACCCAACUUCCGCACAGCAGCACGCUGCAAUGCAACUACAAGCCGUAGUACAGCAGGAAGCGCAACUAUCACAGGAAAAAACUACUGUUUCACUGUGAUGAUUUUGCAAGAUCUGCAUCACAAGUUUGUUACACAUGACACAGAAAAUUUGCCAGGCGCGCUUCCAAAGGGAAAAUACCUCUAAAAGAGUCAAGGUCUUGCAGGUGUAGCAAGACAAAUAGCUCUGUGCUCCAUUCCACGCAUCACAAGUUCACAGUGAGGCAGUUUUUUCUUGCGAUAGCAACAGGCGGUCGCUAUGCAGCAGUUCUACCACCACGCCACGGCAUUUUACAAUCUUCUUGCGCAGCAGCGGGGAGAUCAUGGGGUUGGCGGUGCUGGUGCGGUGGCCGCGGGAUCACACCGAGAUUUGAAUCUGUUAGGUGGAAGUGGUGCCGGCGCUGCAGCUCUUGGGCAGCAAGGACAUCAGCACCUGAAUCUUCACGGUGACGCAAUCGCAAGCCAGGAAUUUCUUGUACACGGAAGUGGUGCAAGUGGUGUCGGUGCAAAUGCGAACCAGUACCAGUAGAGGGUCGUCCAGUACGAUGAGCUCUCUAUCUAUGAAACCAAAAGAGUUUUUAGAGACAACGAAUGGCAACAAAAAGCCAUAGAUUCUCCGUGAUGCGAAGGGAAAAAAAAUGGACGAGACAUGAUUUCCAAGAAGUAGUCCAUUCUAUACGGAAUUUAUUUUCGAUUGCAGUUCAUUUUGCUGCUUGUUUGCUCAAGAAUGGUUGAUGUGGUGGAGUCAAUUCGCCAUUCUUAAAUUUUUCAACUAUAGUUGUCUCACAGGACUGCCACUCGAUGAAACUCAAAAAGGUAAAAACAAGUUUAUCAGUUGUAAAAGGCAAGAACCGAAAG